AUGCCCAGCAGCGGUUCCGCCUUCCCCCUCUCUGCCCUCUCCUUCCCCCUGUCCCUCCUCCCCUCUCCCCCCGAUCCCCGACGUACCACCGUGCGCCAUGUCUACAAUCAGACCCACCGCGACUUUUACUCUUGGAAGCCGCCCUCCACCCUGCCCAUGGAGACUGGAUGGGCACAAAAAAAGAUAGAGAGUAUAGACAAAAAGACAGUGCAGGCGCACAAGGAAUUCGGGCGCAAGAUGGCCCUGGCCCUCGGGGUCGUAGACGGAGGAGCCGUCACAAAGCCCGUCUUUGAAGGGGCCGAGAAACUGGCCAAUGCGAAACGCCACGCCAAAGCUCCUAUAUCUUGGAACAACUCUAUACCCAACCCGCCACCCCCUCCCCAGAAAUACGUUUCGCGGGGCAAAGUCAGGCCUCUUCCGAGAUACUUUUAUUGCGUGCCAAUAAGGCGUAGUCUUCUCUCGCCCGACGUGGUCAUCUUACCCUUCAUCCCAACUUUUACCGACGAUGUCCCAUUCGACGCCGACGCGUACGCCAGGGAAUUCCCUCUAUGCGCCUGGGAAUUACCUGGGAGAAACGGAGACACCGAUAUCAUUCUUCGUGAGACGGCGAAACGGUGUCGCGCCAAGGGACUUUCGGCGAGAGAUAUCAACAAGACGAGAGUAUUACCAAAGGAUAUCGUGGAUAUUGAAAUGUUAGAUCUCAUGAGAGACCUUCCGGCGUUUCCAUCGUCUCCUGAAACAUACCUCGGCAUCGCUGAAGAAGGAAAGGGCGAUGUAUCACCGGCGAAAAGAAAGUGGGAAGAACCUCUGGAGGUGAAACAAGAAGAGUACUCGGCCGACCCGUUGGAAUUUGAAGAAUUGUGUUGCCACAACCCCAGCUGCACAAACUUCAUGUGCGUCAGGCAUAGCGCGCUGUUCUUCGACAAUAUGAUGAGAAGGACGACGGGAGAUGACAUAACUUUCGCAGAGGACAAGCUCAGAAAACUCCCUCGUCUUCAGAACAUCCUUCUGAACCUCAACAACAAUUGUUCGGGUACUUGCUACUCCCUUCGCAUAUCGGAGCUGUUGACAGAGACGGAAGGAGAGAGGCAGAGUCACCCAAGAAAGCCCUGGACACCGUGGGAUCGUACCCAGCUUUUCCAGAUCCUCAAAGCGUGGACCAACGCGGGCAUCGGUCUUUGUGCACUGAGAGAUGUUUUUGAUAGACCCUGUGAUGAUGUUGCGAUGGAGGUUGUCGCCAUCAUUAGAGCCCACCCAGAGCUGCAGGCCAAUGACGAGGACGAGGACGGUCCCAAAGCCAAGUCCCCAUCACCAACAAGCUUCAGAACUUUGAAAGAUGCGUCCAUGAUGGGCCAUGUUUACCCGACAUUUGCAGAUGCGCAAAUACAAAUUGGCCUUGCGGCCGACACUGCUCUUGUCCUAUCUCCUGUACUAGGCGCUUUCGCGGCUGCAACUGUUGCAAGAUUGCCAUACGAGAGGGCAAGAAUGUUUCUCGAGCUUGCGCACCUACGAGAUGUCCUUGCAUUAGGAGUCACCGAGAGUGUGACAGAGAGCUCUGUGGUCCAUGUGGCGCAGCGCUAUGACAGGGAUGAGCUUCUAAUAACCCAAGAUGUACGGGCAGCGGGUGGGACAUUUGGUCAGAAUGGAGUUUGGGAGGCGUCAGAUGAUCUACACGAGUCUAAAUUCAUUACCUGCGGCAAUGUGGCGCUGCAGAAAGGUAUGACUCCGAAGAUGAGGGUAGGGAUCAGCGACAUUGCCGGGUAUGGAUUGUUCGCAGGUCAGGAUAUUCCGAAGGAUACAAUGAUAGGCGAGUAUGUUGGAGAGCUGAUAACGGACAUGGAGGGGAAUGCGAGAAACACCACAGAAAAUAUCGUCCAGCGACGCUACCAAUUCCAGGUCAACGGCGACAGCAUCAUCGAUGCUGCGUUCUACGGCAAUCUGACGAGAUUUUUCAAUUCAGACACGGGUCUCAAAGUCAAUUGCGUGGCCGAGCAGCGAUCCGUGGAUCACGAGACAAGGAUACUUUUCACGACAUUACGAACGAUCAAGCGGAACGAAGAAAUUCUGUUCAACUACGGGCAAGUCAGCAAUGGUCAUGAAGGAAAAUGA